AACACCGCCCAGGGGGACGAACAUGAUAAUCUGCCAUCGCCUGAAAGCUAACCGUGCGCAGGGGAGGAAAAAAACGCUGAAACAAAGUUUGGUUGGGAGAGAGCUGUUUUAAAACCAAGCGAAGUGUUUCGACAGAGACGAACGGGCGCUUGUCGGGCUUCUUGCCCCACUUUUGGAUUACGAUAUGGACGCUUUGAAAUCCGCCGGGAGGGCAAUUAUACGGAGCCCCAGUAUUGCCAAACAGUCAUGGGGUGCGGGCAGACAUAAAAAGCUUCCAGAGAACUGGACGGACACGAGGGAGACCCUGCUGGAGGGCAUGGUGUUCCAGCUCAAGUACCUGGGGGUCACAAUGGUUGAGCAGCCCAAAGGAGAGGAGCUGUCUGCGGCUGCUGUCAAGAGGAUAGUGGCCACGGCCAAAGCAAGUGGAAAAAAACUCCAGAAAGUCACGUUAACAGUCUCCCCACGAGGAAUCAUCCUUUACGACAGUGCCUCCAACCAGCUGAUAGAAAACAUCUCCAUAUACAGAAUAUCAUAUUGCACGGCGGACAAGAUGCAUGACAAAGUGUUUGCCUACAUCGUCCAGAGCCAACACAACGAGACUCUUGAGUGUCACGCCUUCCUCUGCACUAAGAAAAAAAUGGCCCAGGCGGUAACCCUAACAGUGGCCCAGGCUUUCAGAGUGGCGUUUGAAUUCUGGCAGGCUGCCAAGGAAGAGAAAGAGAAGCGAGUGAAGUCGGGCUCAGACGGAGAGGGAGCCAGCAACUCCCAGUCAGAGAGCUCGGCCAGCUUGGGCAGCCUGAAGGGAGGAGAGGUCGCCACGGGGAAACUUCUGGACUUGGCCGAGGGAGCCAACAUGGCACAGGUCCACUCAGGAACAAAGCAGACCGAAUCGGAUCCCUUUAUGGUGCAUAAUCAUGCUACAGAGAACAACAAUACUGUAUGGGAGUUGGAGGACGGUCUGGACGAGGCUUUCUCAAGACUCGCUGAGUCUCGCACUAACCCCCAGGUCCUGGACAUUGGGGUAAACCCUCAGGACUUCAACACUGAAGAGUGCCUGUCCCCAGGCAAAUGGGACCAAGAGGACACAGACUUCCCUGCACAAAAAGACACUUUUGGGUGCUAGUGUGAAACCUCCGCCAAGAAGGGAAAGACAGGGAAAGAUGAGGAGAAAUGGUGGUAAAAGGAGUAAAAGUUAAAAAACAGACAUUAGAGACAUCAGCAAGGUUUCCCACCUUCUCCCUGCUGCCAAGUCUUCUCAGUGGUGCAGUCUAGUGGCGCUCUGAUGCUCCAGAGAAGGACAACAUGAGCAGGCUGCUCAUAGAACAGGCCAAAGCAAUACAAACCAGUUUCUCCCUUUUCUAUGGAAAAACAUGCAGUUAUUUAAUGUUUGUUACAGUCAGUGUAUUACUCCCUUUGUGUCUGUUUACUCAUUCACUGUUUGUAAUGUGUCUGUGGUAUGUGCUUGUGUACAGUGUGCACAGAAAGCGUGUGUGUGUGUGUGUGUGUGUGUGUGUGUGUGUACAGUAUAUAAAUGUACAAACUGAGGUAUGAGACUCAUGAUGAGUUGAGUGUUUAACAGUUCAUUAACAGAGUUAAAGAUCAACAAGGGUGCUGUCACAUAUUUUAGUUACCUACAGAUGGAGACGUGUAACUGGAUUAGAGGCUAAAAGUCACUGGUGAAGGUCACCGAUGCACCAGGUCUAAUAUUGUGCAAAACCAUUAAGUUACUACCUAUGUGCUUCAAGGUAUCAGCCUUUUGUGGGCAGCAAAAGCUUUAAAAAGUGUGUGUGUGUGUGUGUGUGUGUGUGUGUGGUGUGUGUGUGUGUGUGUGUGUGUGUGUGAGAGAGAGAUAAAUGGAUGAGAACAAGGUGACAAUCUUUUUUUUUUCUAUUGCAAAAUCUAUUUUUGCACUCAGCAUUCAUCCAUCUUUAAAAGCACACAUGUAAGGGAAUUUAAUGUCAAAAUGCAUCAAACUCAUUAUUAUCAUUAUCUAGACUUAUAUACAAUGCCUCUAUUCACCUUUCCCCUUGGAGCUUUUCAUGUUUUAUUGUUUUACAAAUUUGAGUAACCAGUGAAUUCACAUAUAUUCAAGGAUCAUGGACAAGACUUGCAUGGGAAGGCAGUGGAAAGUCAAGAGUUGUCCAAGGGGGUGAAUAUGUUUUAUCGGCACUCUUCCCCUAUAUGUUAAAUUAUAAUGUUGCAUUGACUGGUAGUUUACCAUACUUUUUCCGCUACUGUGUUAAUUUUGGCCUUUGUUGUUAUGUAUGAAUUUUAUUUAAUUCAUGAAUUUACAUAAAUUUCAAUAAAAGUAAAGUUGUAUUUGUUUAUUCCAAAA